ACCUACCUACAAGUGAAAAAAAAAUGGGUGUUAUCUGGGCCAAGUAUUUCAAAGACGUCGACGUCGAAUUGGAACGCGAAUACACUUGUCUUUCGACGCUUUUAAGUCAGAUGACUCCAGAUGAGCUCCUCACUUACGCUCUUGAAGACAUGGAAAUAUACGAAGUUUGUAAAAAUCACAAUGAUCUGAGAUACUCUUGCAUUGUUGCUGCUGUCAAAAGAUACAACAUCGAGAAGUUCUUUUAUGAAGAAGUUGCCAAUAGAAGUGCAGAUUUUAUGAUUUUAUUGGAUACGUUUGUCCAAAUUCAAGCUGCUAUUGAGAAUCAACAAGCAGAGAAGACGCAGUGUGUGUACCUCCCCUGUGUGCGCUAUCGUAAGAAAAACCGUGGAAGGGAUGCUGCCAAGAAAGAAGAAAAACACAAAUAA